AUGAACCCUUCGGCCUUUGUCACCACACCAACUCCUUCACUGUCCAACUGGCCCCAAUCGAGCACGAGUCAAGCCACGAACGUCAACGGCGUCGGUGCGGGUGACUCGUCCGCUGCUCCUUCCGGCAUGGACGCCGACCCUUCUCUCCUCGCAUCCACAUCCGCUUCUAGCUCCGACCCCACCACUUUCUCAAGUGCCAACGACACAACCUCCUCUCUAGGAGCACCACCCACCACCCAACCCGAGCCCUUUGAAGAACCCGCUCCAGAACCCAAGACGGCCAAAGAGCGAGCCCAAGACCAACGCGACGUGCAGCUCGCCGAACUGCUCGAGAUGAUGGACGAGUGGCAACCCAUCAUACCGGACGAAGUGACCGACUACUUUUUGCAAAAGAACGGAUUCGAGACGGAUGAUCCGCGGGUGUGAGUCUCGAUCGGAGUUGACUCGGGUCCGCGCGCUUUCCUUGCCGAGCUCACAAAUGGCUCGUGGUGGUGUCCACAGCAAACGAUUACUGGCACUUGCGGCACAACGAUUCGUCAGUUCGAUCGCCGCCGAUUCGUUCCAGUACGCAAGGGCAAGGACGGCGGCGAGCAAGAGCUCAGGGUCCAAAGCCAAGGUUCGUUCGGCGUUCUCGUUUUCCGAGCUUCGACCGGAUGGAUACUCAUCCCCAGCCUGCAUACUUUCAGGGUCGAACGCGGACCGUGCUUACGAUGGACGACCUCUCGGCAGCUCUCAAGGACUAUGGCGUCGGAGCGGAUCGUGCAGCCUAUUACCUCUGA